AUCAAACUAUCCAAGCAAGAGCUAGCUGAUCACAUUGUAAAACUUGUUGUUCAUAUACUACCAAUCUACUAGAAAAGAAAGAAAGUCAAGUAAGGCCCUCCCUUAUUUGUACACCAAGUGAAAAUGGUAUGUUUCUGCUUCCUCGUAGAUCAGACAAAGAAAGUGAGAAGGUGCAAACCAGUGGCCGGGAUGUGCUCACGGUGCGGCGGAGGAGCCAGCGUUGCUGAUAUGAAAACAGAAACCAGGUUCUGUCAUGUCCCUUUUUACUGGAGGUCCUGGAAAGCCAUAAUGUGUACUUUCUGUGGUUCUGUUCUCAGGUCUUACCAUUGAUCCGCUCUAAGAUCAACCCGUAUAACCAAACAUAGCCGGUAUAUCUCACUUGAAGGACGUAGUGUAUGGGCAUCAGUCGAUAUCUAACUUUAUUAUUAUUAGUUUCAUUUGAAUCCUGUACUACCAGCCUAUUCGAAUUGGGCCAGUUCACCUUAUGUUGCUAAUUUGCUAUAAUUAUGGAUGGAGUCAUGUAGACAUGUAAUUUUGAUUCAAUUUUAUUGAAAUGUUGAACCACUUCCUUCUCCUUUGUUUAAAA